CGUAUCCCUCUGUCCCCAGAGCCCUCGGUGGUGUUUGCCAAGGAGCAGCCGGCACACAAGGAUGUGCAGGCUGAGGUGGGGACCAGCGCCACACUGAGCUGCGAGGUGGCCCAGGCCCAGACAGAGGUGACGUGGUUCAAGGACGGGAAGAAGCUGAGUGCGAGCUCGAAAGUGCACGUGGAGGCCAAGGGCUGCACCCGGCGGCUGGUGGUGCAGCAGGCAGGGAAGGCGGAUGCUGGGGAGUACAGCUGCGAGGCGGGGGGCCAGAAGGUCUCCUUCCGCCUGGAUGUCACAGAGCCCACGAUGGUGUUUGCCAAGGAGCAGCCGACCCACAGGGAGGUGCAGGCCAAGGCGGGGGCCAGCGCCACACUGAGCUGCGAGGUGGCCCAGGCCCAGACAGAGGUGACGUGGUUCAAGGACGGGAAGAAGCUGAGUGCGAGCAAGAAAGUGCAGGUGGAGGCCAAGGGCUGCACCCGGCGGCUGGUGGUGCAGCAGGCAGGGAAGGCGGACGCAGGGGAGUACAGCUGUGAGGCCGGGGGCCAGAAGGUCUCCUUCCGCCUGGGCGUCACAGAGGCCAGCAGAGCCCAGCCAACAGGCGGAACAUGUGGGGACAUCUGCUCUAUCCGGCGUCAGACAGUGGGUCUCAGUGCAGACAGACAGCAGCCCGAAGGAGCGGAGGUGGGCUCCAAGUCGGCUCUGUGUAAGACCUGA